ACAUUUAUGGCGUUGGAUAGAAUAAUGUGAAGUUAUUACACGGAUAUUUGCUCGUUGUUGUCGACUGGAGAGACGCCAUCCUAACACAUGACUGGCCUUUCAAAGGUGCAUUAGCAGGCUGCAGUUUGUUUUCAAUUAGUGGAUGUUUCAAUAUUUAACUAUUAGAUUGGAUUUGAUUAGGCUUUGUUGGGAGAUUUAAUGCCGAAACCAACAUGGCACCAAGUUUCGAUGCACUACACACAGAGGUAGCAUUGGACUCAAAUGAAACUGGAUUGGUUAAUUCAAGUACUCUUGGUACGGAAAGCCUGUCAUCGAGUGGAGGCCACGAGAAGUUGACAUGGGCUCUCCUCUGUGCCUUCUUCAUGAUAUUUGGGCUAUCUUUUGCUACUGGAUGCUAUUUAUGGGAUAGGAGGAACCUGCCAGACAAUGUCAAGAGAAGAAAGAUUAGAGAAAUAGUUGGCAGAAGAAAAAAAGAAGAAAAGGCAAUAACGUCCAUUAAAAAAGAGCCCAUUCACGUUGAGCAGUUCCUGCAGAAGCUUCGACAGAAAAAACUGGACAAGUAUCUCAAGUUUGAAGUGCGGGCUAUUGUCCGCAACCAAGAAGAACACCCAUGUACCAUAGCAACCCUUCCAGAUAAUGUCACCAGAAAUGUGUGUCAGGAUGUAGUAUCAUUUGACCAUUCCUUGGUGACAUUGAGGGACAUUCCUCCAGGUGAUGACAGCAGUUAUAUCAAUGCCAGCUAUAUUGAGGGUUACCAUGGUGAUAUCGAGUACAUUGCCACUCAGGGACCGAGAGGGAAGACCAUGGCUGCAUUCUGGCAUCUCGUUUGGCAGGAGAACGUUCAUGUCAUCGUCAUGGCAACAGGCCUCUUUGAAAAUGCAGCUCAACAGUGUGAUAAAUACUGGGGGAACAUUCUCAGUGUGCAAAAAUAUGUACGUCAGGGCAAUAUCCACAUUGUCCUCAAGGACACCCUGGAACUCUCUAAACUUGUGAUACGAACAUUCCAAAUUUGUAAGGAUGGUUGUGAUGAGACUCGCAUUGUGAAGCAUUAUGAGAUGUCUGGUUUCACAGACGAGGGUACGGACCCGGGCUUUCUGCUCGAUGUGAGGCGCCGUAUCAACCGAACUCUGCUCACCUCACCCGGGCCCAUGCUAGUGCACUGCAGAUGUGGUGGGGGUCGGACGGCAACUUUCAUCGCCAUUGACUACUGCCUCAAGCAACUGGAGCAUGAAAACUUCGUUGACAUCUACAGUACUGUUCUCUGUCUGCGAAAGUUCAGAACUAACAUGGUUCAAACUCUGUCACAGUACCGCCUUAUCUACGACACCCUGGCCAUGUAUGUUCAAGUCUGGACCACUGUGAUACCGGCUUCUCAGCUUCCGGCUGUUGCUCACAAACUCAUGCUCAAAAACCAACAAACAAACACCACAGGAUAUGAGAAGGAAUUUCAGUUCCUUCAACAAAUUGUGCCAAAAAUCCUGAUUGGUGACUGUGCAAGUGGACAUAGGGACGAGAAUAGGAAUAAAAGCCGGGACAUCAUGUUGCUUCCACCUGAGAGGGCUCGGCCAUAUUUACAGACCAUUGAAACCAACGACAUGGGAACAGACUUUAUCAACGCUGUGUUUGUGGAUGGUUACCGCCAGGAAAACAGCUACAUCGCAACUCAGUGGCCCAUGCAGGGAACUAUCAAUGACAUCUGGAGGCUCCUUUUUGACUUUAAAAUCAACACACUGGUCGUCCUGAAUGACAACAAGAUACACAGGAGCACCCCAUGUUUUUGGCCCAAGGCGCUGGAUAAGGAAGUGAAAUAUGGACCGAUUGGAGUAAAAUACCUUGGCUGCCAGAAAUAUCCCCACAUCAUCAUCAGGGCUUUUGCCAUCAGAAAGCUGCCCAAUACCAGAUAUAAUGACCUAUUUCUGGAUUUAGAUACCGGCCAAGUUUCGAUGGCGACUGCUCUGCCGUUUAUUGACUUGCUCACAAAGAGCAGGGACUCCUUGGUUGUAAAGAUGUUUCACUACACAAGCUGGCACACACGUGACCUCGUGCCUACAUCCACCCGCUCUUUUCUGUACAUGAUGGGCUGCGUGGAUGAAUGGCAACAGAAAAACAACCCACUCAGCACUGUCUGCGUCAUGUCCAAAGAUGGUUACAGUAAAUGUGGGUUGUAUGGUACGCUGGCGUUCUGCUGUGACCAGCUUCACUGUGAGGGAGAGGUGGACAUCUUCAAUGCCGCCAGGAUCGUCAAGAAAAACAGAUCACAGCUUAUCAACACGCUGGCUGAGUACAUCUACUGUUACACAUACAUGUCGCUCGUAGUUCACCUGAUGCAGGAUGACUCUCCCAAGUUCCUCGUGACAACCCCAACUGUGAUAGAAGGUGAGAUCCAGCAUGGGUACGAACUCUUGACUGGUUUUGAGAAUGUGCUUAGUGGCAAGCCUCUAGAUGAAAAUGAGAAACAUGGCGGAACCAAUCAGCUCAAAAAUCAGAAUCUUAUGACAGCUUUUAUGGAUGAGAAUGAAGUAGAUUCCCUUGACUCAAAUGACAGACUGUAUUGCCCUGGAUUUGAGGCAUACAGUCUGCCCCCUAGAAGCGAAAAUCUUGACAAUGGUCACAGAAAAUCCUCAGGUCUUCAUGUGAAAGAAAAUGGACACAUCAACAAAAAUGUGGGUAAACAGUCGAGACCAACUGUGAAUGUCUCUGCACCUAAAGCUCCUGGCCACAUUCAUACUUGGGAAGAUGAAAGGUGUUCACAAUACAACGAAAACUCCAAAAGCCAGACCUUUCCACGAAGAGAAAGCAACAAGCGACGGCCACUGUUUCGACAAAAUGCUCAAGAAAUGAACGAACUUUGCCAGCAGGCUUCGACUUCCACACAAUCAGAAAGUUUUGAAUCCAGUUAUCUCUGAUAAAAGUGUGUGCAUAGUAUUUUUGUUGGAUUUCAUUUGCAUUCCCACCUAAUGUUUAUCCGUAUUUUUAUAUCCAUUGUUUAUAUUAACUUUACCUGUAGUGUUUGUCUUGUUUCCUUUCUACCUAUAUACGCAGAUAGCAUUUAUUUGUCAUACUCUACUUUCAUCAGCUAUAGAGUGUCUACUUUUAUUAUCUAUGGAAAUUCUACUUUCAUCGACUAUGGAGUAUCUUCUUUCAUUAUCUAUGGAUUAUUUACUUUUGUUAUCUAUGGAUUAUCUACUUUCAUCAGCUAUGGAUUAUCUACUGACAUUUUCUAUGGAUGACCUACUUUCGUUAUCUAUAGAUUAUCUCUUUCAUCAGCUAUGGAUUAUCUUUCAUUAUCUAUGGAUGAUCUACUUUCAUUAACUAUAAAUAAUCUACUUUCAUCAGCUUUGGAUUAUCUUUCAUUACCUAUGGAUUAUCUUCUUUCAUUAUCUAUUGAUUAUCUAUGUCCGUUAUCUGUAGAAUAUCUUCUUUCAUUAGCUAUGGAUAAUCUACUUUCAUUAACUAUGAAUUAUAUUCUUUAGUCCGCUAUGGAUUAACAAAUCCCAUUAGAUAUGAAAUAUUUUCUGUAUUUUACUUGUCCUGGUCAUUUUUUGGCAAUUUUGUCUGUGGUUCAUGACAUUUAAGAUUUUCAGAUAGCUUUUUGGUGUGUUAUAAAAAUGGGUACAAUACUGUGAAAUCAUAAAUAUUGGUGGGACUUUAAUGAACAUGCUAAUUAUUAACCUCAUGCGUCACCACUUGAUUUUGUUUCUUUGAUCAACUAUUUAAUCGAUAUAUAAUUAAACACUCUUUGUGUGUUUUUACAGUUUGCAAAAAUCCUAAUUGACAUUAAAUGGCUUCACUAUUUUAUAUCCUUGAUGUGGUGCAUCUUUAUUUAUGACCCUUAAAUUACCAAUCAAGCGAUAAUUGACAUGGGUAUCUGCGACAAUUGACAUAUUGUCCCAUUGUAGUGUGUCAUAAACUGCAUAACGUAUAUGAUACAUAGCACAAGAUUUGCACUUGGUGAAUUUGUAGACGAUUUAGGAUUGCAGUUUUGAUUUUUUUUUUCGAAAAAUGAAAAUCCACGAAUUUAAGUACCCACGAAAUUUUCCUUUUUCGAAAAACCACGCAAUUUCAAGCCCAAGAAUAUAAAUGAUUUCACAGUAACACAUUUAUGCAAUCAAUUUUACUGGAAUGCUGUUAAGUUAUUAAUUUUCCAAGAGACAUUUUUUGAGUAAACUUGUAAUUGACCUGACGCUUAAGUUGGAUCAAAUCAGUAAUUAAGGGGUUGGUUUUAGUUCUAUUUCAGCAUCAUGUAAAUUGAUAAACUGCACAGAAUUAAAUUUAUCAUUUUAUGAAUGAUUUUGACAAGUAUUACAGUUAUAUCCGCCAUGGUGCGAGAAUGCUAUUCUUAAUAGUGUGAUGCUCAUCUUUCAUCCUGCUCGAAGUACAUAACAACCACCUUGCAUCUUGAUUCAAAAGUUUGCUCGAAGUGUCUGUUUCCAACUAUGUUGAUAAUAAUUGUUGAUUCAUAUGAAUAUGAAAGAUACUUAACUUUGUAUGGGGUUAAGCCUGCCUUAUAAGUGAAAUCACACUCUUUUUCAUCUUAGUAUGGGUGCAAGGCAGUCGGAUCAGAUUUUUCAAGAUCAUUGGCACUACUUAGUACACAAGUAAUAACAAAAAGGUUAAUUUUGUAUAUAGUCCAUUUCUUAAAAGCAAAUAAGUAAAAUAUUGUUGUUAUCAACAUUAUUGGGAAACAAUGUUUUGAUGGCUGUAACAUGGAAAUUAUUAGAAAAAAAAUGGAAAUGUUCUCAUAAAAGAUGGGUUGUAUGUUCAUCAUUCCGGCUAUAAUAUUUGAUGAGUUUUACAUCGUGAUCAACGUUCGCAAACAGUAUGUUACCAUUCCUUAUAUUGUACAAGAUCGUUGAUUCAUUUACCGGUGCAAAGACCAGGGGCAGUAUUCAUAAAAAUUCUUAAGUCAUAUGAAAUAAAAGAUAAAGAAAUUCCAAAAUACAUUAUUUACAUUGACGUUAUUGAAAAAAAACAUACUUAAAUGUUAAAAACACUUAUGCAUUUCUUUUAAUUUGACUAUGGAUUUUUAAGAAAUUGACUUAAGUUAGGAAAUGUGACUUUAGAUGCCGUAUGAAUACGGCCCCAGUACAGGAUGAAAUGGGGAAAAAAACACAACAGGAAGGCAACCACAACCAGAGGGCAAUGUCCAUAUCUAUUCAUGUCUGUCAUACCAAUGUGUGAUAUCUCUCUAUGCCAGCAAUGUUAGAUGGUUUCAAUCUUUCAAUUAGCAUGUUUGUGGUUCAUUAACUUACCUGAAAUCAUAAUUGUUGCAAUAAGUUAUUUUGAAUUUAUUUCAUAUAUUCAUGUUUGUCCAAAUUUGUGUACAUUUUGUCUUUCACAUCAUUAAGUGUUAAAGUUUUGUUGUUUAUUUUUGUCAAAUGUUUUCUUAUAUUUGUUUGAUUGUAUAAAGUUUUCUAUUUACUUCAAAUAAUUUAUACAGCACCAAGUGUUAACCAAGAAUACAGAGGUUUAAAGAAU